GAAAAGUACAGGCUUUCUAAUUCAAAUUAGAUUAUGAAUAAUAAUUGAAUUUUUAUUUUGAAUGGCUUAAGGUAAGUAAUAUUAUAAAUAAAAACACUGAAUUAACACUUGAUUUUAGAACCAGUAGGUUUAUGAAUAGUGAAUAACAAUCUGAGUUACGACACAAAAUAAAUGGAUAUUUAUAAACAAAAUUUUAUGAUUUUAAUGAGAUGUUCCCAAGAAUUACUGAAUUAAAUGUUAAAUUAGGGUGGAUAUAGAACAAUCUAACGUCUAUUUACGAUUUUUAUGCUUUAGCUAGUCAAUGUAGAGGACUUAAUUCAUUAAAAUUUGAUUUAAAGUAGUUUCAAUUUUAUUUUUUCUAUUGA